GCAUCCGAAGCACGCCUCUACACCUUCUCCCCCGAAACCAAAACCGCACUGCGCAAGUUCCGUCUAGGGACUUCGAGGGCAAAGGACCCGCAAGCCACUCUAGAAAUCUCAAAAGCCGACGAUGAAGUCUACACCGACCUGAGCCUGCUGGGCGAGGAGCUGCCCGACCACUCGCCCAGAUUCAUCUUGCUCAGUUAUCCCCUGACAAUGGUAUGUUGUGCUUGGCCUUCAACUUCUCUUCUCCUUCAUCUACAAACAAUUAGAGAUGGCGAGUGUUUUGCUGACAUCGACACACAAACAGNNGCAUCCGGUCGCCUAUCCGUCCCCUACGUCAUGCUAUACUACCUCCCCGUCACCUGCAACAGCGAGCUCAAGAUGGUCUAUGCCGGCGCAAAGGAAUUGAUGCGCAACCAGGCAGAAGUCGGUCGCAUCAUCGAGAUCGACAGCGUCGAAGAGCUAGAAGAGAUUGAGGACCAACUCAGAGGUGAAGAGUAG